GCUGCUGCUCCAUACAGCAUAUUAAUCUAGUCGCAGGGAUCUGGACUUUGGAAAUACGCAGUACUUUUGACAGGAGUGGCGCGGCUGCAUUUCGGCGUUUUCAUUCAUUUUUGUGGACUUACUUUCGCUUUGCUCGCAAACCUUAAGGAAACAUCAUGCUGCUCCUCUUACUGGGAAUCGUCGUCUUGCAUGUGGCAGCACUGGUUCUGCUCUUCGUAUCAACUAUAGUCAGUGCAUGGGCUGUUAACCCCAACAGCAGUUCAGACCUCUGGACGAACUGCACUACAUUGAAUGGAGUGUCCAGAUGUGACCCUGCUGACACUGGAGUUUGGAUCCAGGCAGUCCAAGCUCUCAUGAUCCUGUCAAUCAUCUUCAGCUUCCUGUCUCUCUUCCUGUUCUUCUGCCAGCUCUUUACUCUCCAGAAGGGCGGACGCUUCUUCCUCACUGGAGCCUUCCAGAUCUUUGCUAGUCUUUUCGUUAUGAGUGGAGCUAUCAUUUAUACUGUAAUGAACUCCGAAUGGGUCCAUGAGUCAGAGUCCUACGGCUUUUCCUACAUCCUGGCCUGGGUAGCCUUCCCUCUGGCGUUCAUAAGCGGCUUAAUCUACGUCAUUUUAAGGAAACGAGAGUGAGGUGGCACCACUCUCUAGUGGUCGCCAUCUGGAAAUACAGCUUUGAAGCCAAAGUAUCGCACUGCACCCACAGAGAAGUGAAAUCACGCAGUAUCUUCACCCAGGGGGUCAGUCAAAAUCAACCCCGCUGCCACCCCGAAAAGACAUAUUCAAUACUGUCAUCAUUUGAAGAUGUGUAUAUAGUAUCUUUAGUUUAAAACCUAUUUAUAACACUUUUUACAUACAUGUACAUAGUAUUUUGUGUUUGCUCUGUUGACAAAGAACCUCUGAGAGCUUUUCUUUUAGCUAAUUAAGUGCCUAGAGUGUGUGUUUGUCGCAGAAAUGUGCAUCAUUAGCCAUAAUGUGUGUUUCUGUCAAUUUUUCUUUCCUUAUAAGGCCAAAAAUACUUAUAAAAAGGUUUUUUAUGUAUUUUAACCAAAGUGCAUGUAUUAAAUUAUAGGGACAACGAAAGGAAGCGUUUUCAGUGAAGCUGCAUUUAUUAAUAGUUUUUCUUUGUUUUCCAACAAAAAAUGGUGCUAUGUAUUUACCAUUCCUUUAACUAAUAGCCAUUUAGACUUUAUUUAGAAGGACAUAACAUGACUGAAAGCCAAAAUCAGAACGCCGUUGAAUAUUUUGUACUUGUGCCUAUAACACAAUGCUGUAUAUACAGUACUCACCAAAAAAAAGGUUAAUUUUAUAAUAAAACAAACAAAAUGUGUUCUGAAUAACGUGUGGUUAUUAGUUUAGAUUUGGGAGAUUGCGAUGGAGGAAUUGUAGUAAAAACAGAGACUAGGAAUUAUUGAUUUUAGUUGGUUUUUGAAAGUUACAUUUAAGAGCAGUAUUAGCAGCAGGAUUUGAGAAAGGCAGUAAUUCAGUUUAAUAAAUGUCGCUUAUAUCAUCCAAAUACAAUUCAGAUGUAUAAUGUUUGAUGGAUUUGGUCACUCGUUAGCUGUUAAUAUAAUUGGGGCAUUACAUAAUUAAACAGUUGAGGCGAACACCCUUCAUAUCAGACAAGCAUAUAAAUAUAAAAUAAACAUGAACUAAAGGUAUAGUUUUUUCCAAGUAUCAAAAUGACAGCUUAAAAUCCUCUAUAUACACAAUAUAUCCAGAAAAACAUAUUUAAAAGCAUCCAAGUGGCAGUUUUGUUGUGUAAAAAUGUGUUAUGAACUGACCACUGAUAACAUGAUGGCGGACACAUCAUAACACCUGCAUGCAUGGAAAGAUUUUUCAAUACUUGAAAUAUAACAUGCUGCGAUGUUUACCAUUUUUGAGAUGCUCCGUUUCUACUCACAUAACUCACAGUAACUCCCAAUGUACUGUAAUUGCAUGUGAUUGUAUUAAAAGAGACACGUAUUACUUACAAUUAAAGGCCCUAUUCUGAGGACCAUGUAUUAGAUUGCUUCUCCUGCAACUCCAAAAACAAUAAAUUAUGUUUUGUUAUGAUGAACUGAUCACGUUGCCUGUUUUCAUGGUUGUAAUGGCCGGAUGAAUGUCUAACUAAAUCCCCCUCUGCCUUUUUUUUUCUGUGACUGAACGAACAACUUUUAUGCAAAGCAGAAUAAUUUAUUUUACCUGCAAUAAAACUUUUUUUUCC